GUAUGUGAGACUACUAUGGCGGUUUUUGGAAUCUCCUUUUUUGUACUAAUGUUUUUGUCAUACUUUUUUUUUAGUGAUAGACACAAGUCAAGAAGCAUAUCUCGAUCACCUCAACGACGACGGAGCUCUUUUUCACGAGCAAGAUUGUCUGCGAGUCCACAUCGAAGGGAUCGUCGUGAUUCAUUCUCUCCCCGACGUAGAACACCAUAUUCAAGGAGAUCUAGAUCUACUUCACUUCGUAAAUCUCGUUCUCCUUCUCAACAUAGCUCACCAUCUCCUCCUCGUAAAUCACCAUAUCGAUCACCUCCACCUGUACAACGUCGAUCAUCAUCACCUACCCGCCGAAGGUCACCAUCAGUUGAUAAGCAUAAGAGAUCACCGUCACCCGUAGGCCAACGUAGGUCACUAUCACCUAUAAGACGUCGUCGUUCACCUUCAGGUAUUCGACGUCGUAGAUCACCGUCACCUAAAUGGCGUCGUAGAUCACCAUCACCAGAGUGGCGCCGUAGGUCUCCGUCACCUGGACGACGUCGUAGAUCGCCAUCACCAGGGCGACGUCGUAGGUCACCAUCUCCUAUACGGCGUCGCAGGUCGCCAUCUCCUAUACGGCGUCGAAGGUCACCAUCUCCAGUACGACGUCGAAGGUCACCAUCCCCACCACGGCAUCAUAGAUCACCAUCUCCACACCGCCGCAAGUCACCUGCUUUUGCACGUCGUCGUAGAUCACCAUCUCCAUCACAUCGUCGAAGAUCACCAUCUCCGGCACGCUAUGGCAGAUCACGCUCACCUGUUAGACGCCACAAGUCUCGCUCUCCAGUACGACGGCGUUUGUCAACUUCCUCCUCACCAGUACGGAAAUUGGAUAGGUCAUCACCACUUGAUCAUCACAGAACACCCUCACCUCUGGAACAUAGAUCUCCAUCAACCCCAUUGAGCAAAUCACCUCCAUCACCACUAAGGUCAUCUCCAGCACGCCUCAAGAGAUCAAGUCCAUCUCGACGUAGAUCCAUUUCACCAUAUGAUCGGAGUUCAUUGGAGGAGCAGGGAAACCUUUCGCCUGUCAAAAGAAAAUCUGCACAUCAGAGGAGGUCUCUCUCUCAAUCUCCCGGCAGAAAUGUUCAGACAUCCCCAGCAUCCCAACAACCUUCUAGGUCAUUGAGGUCGCCAGAAAGGAAUUCUAGGGAAGGGAACAAUUCCAAUACCAGAACAUUGGCUUCACCAUCGUCUUUGGAGAAGUCUCCAGCACUAACAGAUUCUCCACCAGUUACGAGGAGUGCUAGCGAUGAUAGGAGGUUAAGUUCACCACGUUCACGGGCAAAGCAGUAUCGUCAUGACAGCCAUUCAACAAGGACAAGGGAAGACGAGGUCACCUACGCUAGGGAGAGUGGGAAUAGAAAGUCCCUGAAUUCUUCCAUUGUCGGUAAGGCGAAAAAUUCUCCUGUGGAUGCCAAAGUUCUCUCACCUGGAAGUAGUAAGCAUUCUCGAAAGGAGGCGCCUGCAAGCCCCGAUGUACAAAAAUCUUCGUCAUCACACAAAGAAGGUAUGAAACAGGAUGAAAAGAGCCAUUCGCUCCCAAGUAAGACGAAGGAAACUGAGCAUUUGACAGUUGAAAAAGUUGAUCAUAAUAACCGGGACGAGGCUUCAGAUUCUGAUUUGGAGGAAGGCUAUAAGCGUAAAACUGGAAGUAAGGAGAAGAAAAGACACAGAAGAUCAGACAGACACGACACUUCUUCAGACUCCGAAGACAGCUAUGAUACUGAAUUGGAGAGGAAGGAAGCCAGGAGGAGGAAGAAGGAGGAGAGGAGGUUGCGGAAGGAGAAGAAGCGCCAAAAGCGUGAAGAGCGUAGGCGGAAAAAGGAAGAGCGGCGUGCAGAGAAGACAAAAGCUAAGGACCUUAGUGACGAUGACUCAGAUGAUGGUCAAGAUGCAAAGGAUGAGUCUUAUAAGCGUAAUGGCGCAGAUGAGGCCGAGCACAAAAGACUAGAGAUCGAGUUGAGGAAGAAGGCACUGGAAUCGUUCAACGCGAGGAAAGGAAGAGGCCCUGAAUAGUCUGUAUCAAGUAAGUAUCUUUUUCAAAUUUCAGAAUAGUCUGUAUUAUGAAGCACAUCUUUUCACAUAAGAGGUACAUUGUCAUCUGUAACUUCCCUUUAAGCCAUGCGGCUGAAUUCACAAAUGGUGAUUUCUUGAAUGUUCCUUUGAACACAACUCUAAUUAAGUUUCCAUAUGAUGGAAAGACAAUUACCCUCUUGCCUUU